CUCAUACCGUCCUCCUCCGCGCUUUCUAUUCCGAACGGAAUACAGACUCGUCGGAACUAUCUCACAUAACUUUAAGCAAGUAACACAUAGCCGAGGACGCCGAGUGAGGCGCACAACGAGGCGUUCCAUCCCACCAUGGACUCCAUGCAAUCUUCUCCCCGGACAAUCGAUAUCGCGCUAGGCGGCCAGGAAGUCAUCACAAUAGACCUCGACGCCCUCGACACCGUCGAUGAAGUGCUCGAGCUGCUGUCCGAGCCGACAUGCCAGGCAUUGGAGUGGGUGUGGACUGUGGUGGCGACCGAGUUUUGGAGGAGAGGGUCGCUUGAGUCGGCUGAGAAAGUGGCGCUCGCGGCUGAAAAAUUCUACAAGCCCUUGGGCAGGGACCAGUAUAUGGGACCCAUAUGGUCGCUUCUGGCGAACAUCAAGAUUGCGCAGGCUAGUGUCGCGCCGAAGAUGAUUCUCCCUGAAGCCCGACACGAUGUUAUGAAGGGGCAGGCGACGAAGGACGAGCUGUACCAGCAAGCCGCCGGCUAUUCGAACUCGACUCUCCAGCUUGGGUUCGUGCAGCCUCUGGCUUUCUUGACGCGAGGCAUACAACAGCUGGCUACGCGCAAGUUGGAUGAGGCCAUGUCGUCUUUCAAUGAUGUGCUGCAACAACAACCGACCAAUCUCAUUGCGCUCACCGGAAAAGGGAGAAUACUAUAUGCUCAGCGCAACUACAACGAAGCACUAAAACUGUUUCGUCGCGUGCUGGAGCUAAAUCCGCGCUGUUCUCCUGAUCCACGGAUUGGGAUUGGUUUGUGUUUUUGGUCUCUGGGACACAAGGACAGGGCGCGGGCAGCAUGGCAGAGAAGUCUUGAUCUCAAUCCCAAAGAAUGGCCUGCUGAUCUACUGCUCGGUCUUGACUCGAUCAACGCCAGCAAGAACGAGGCGACGCCUGAUGGCGAACGCGCACAGCUGUUCACCACUGGCACCAAGUCUGUGGAACGGGCGUUCAAGCGUAACAACAAGAGUGCUGCCGCAGCGAAUGCCUUGUGUGAGAUUUUCUUGAGGAAGGGAGCAUAUGAUCGCGCCUUGAAACUGGCCGAGCGUGCGAUCCAGUUUGCAGAUACGAUCACGGUCUUGACGGAAGGCUAUAUCCGCGCUGCUCGCGUCUGUCAUGCUGAGGGAUCUCGGGCGUACGCUCUCAAGUUCUUCGAGGCUGCACUUCAGGGCCAGCCGAAACAGGUCAUCGCUGCUGUUGGUCUUGCACAGAUUCAUAUCCAGAAUGAUGAAAUGGCGGCAGCAUUGCAUGCGCUGGACCGUUUGCUGCAAUCCUCCAACGUCCAAAUCUCGCUGGAGGCUACUGCGAUGCUUGCUUCCCUUCGUGCCUUCCCGCGGCCCGGCGUCUCGAGUUCGGAUGCAGCCAAGGAGCGAGUGAAGGCCCGGGAGCUGUUUGAGCGAGUCAUCAAAACGAUCGAUGCCGACGAGGCCAAAGCCAACACGCACGGAUUAAGCCGCACGUCACGAAACAUCGUGAACGAUGUGGACCUGCAUGUUGAGAUUGCACGACUGUGGCAGGAGGAGAACUUGGACCGCACUGCACGAGCUCUGCGAGAAGCGAUGCGGAUCAGCGAAUCGGUGGGGAAGCCUGAUCCUCGCAUCCUCAACAAUCUUGGCGCGCUUCAGCACUUGGACGGACAUUUGAAACCUGCUCGCGAACUAUACGAGAAUGCGCUCACAACAGCGGCCGGAAUGCACUCUGAAACGAAAGAAGCUAUCUCCACCUCCAUUUUGUACAACCUCGCCAGGGUCUACGAAGAUGAGGGCACCGAGGACAAGGCCAAGGACGCCUACGAGAAGCUGUUGUUGCGACACCCGGAGUAUGUCGAUGCUAAAUUGCGGCAAGCACAGAUGCUGGCCAGUCUCAACCGACACAACGAUGCCCAUGAGCUCAUCAAACAAGCCCUCGCUGCUCAGGGCUCCAACCUGAAUGUGCGGGCAUUCUACACCUGUUUUCUCAUGCAGGCGAAUCUGCACAAGGUCGCGAAAGAGUUUGUGUUUGCGACACUGAAGGAUGUAGACAAGCAUGAUGUUUAUUCUCUCUGUGCUGCUGGCUGGAUUCUGUACCACCAGUCUCGGGAGAGCAGGGAGACGUCUCAGAAGGCAACAGACGAGCGACGGCGUAACUUCCAGCGUGCCACCGAGUUCUUCGAGAAGGCGCUGCACCUGGAUCCCAUGUGUGCUUUUGCUGCCCAAGGUCUCGCCAUUGUCACGGCCGAAGACGCACUCGGAACUCUGAGUGGCGUUUCGUCGGCGUUAUCGGGUUCCGACGAGGCCCAGCGCCGGCUGAAGAACUCAAGAGAUGCGCUGGACAUCUUCACCAAGGCGCGGGAAUCUAUCAACGAUGGCAGUGUGCACGUCAAUAUCGGCCACUGUCACUAUGCGCGGGAUGAGUUUGACCGUGCUAUCGAGAGUUAUGAAACCGCCUCUACGCGCUUCUACGGCGGCCACAACGUGCCUGUGCUGCUGUGUCUUUGCAGGUCUUGGUAUGCGAAGGCAACGAAGGAUGUGUCCUUUGCGUCGAUGAACACCGCUUUGAGCUAUGUUCAGAGGGCUCUGCAUAUCCAGCCUAACGACAAAGCGGUGUUGUACAAUAUCGCCAUGAUUCAGCAAAAAUCCGCGGAGAUGUUGUUUGGGUUGCCGACCAACAAGCGAACGCUCAGAGACUUGACACGCGCCAUCGAACACGCGAAUAACGCACAGAAGUUAUUUGCUUCGCUUGCGGCGGACAAGUCGGAUGUGGUGCCAUAUAGUCGUGAUUUGGCUGAUCAACGGCGCAAAUAUGGCGACAAUUUGCUGCGAAAGAGCGAAGAACACCUUUCAGCGCAGAGGCAAUACGAGUCCGAAGUCCAGGCUAAACUAGACUCCGCUCGGCAGCGACGACAAGAGGAGAAGGACAGAUUGAACGCCAUCGAGCGAGAACGGUCAGAGGCCCAGCGCCGCGAGGCUGAGAAACUUGCCGAAGAACGAAAGGUGGCUCGUGAACAGGCCCAGGAGUGGACACGUGAGAUCCGGGUUGACAGCGACGAAGAGCGCGAACGCCGGCCGAAGAAGUCACGGAAGCAGAAGGCCGAAGGCAGUGGUGAUGAGGGCGAGCCCAAGAAAAAGCGACGGGGAAAGCUGAUGCGUCGCCCCGGUGACGGCGAGGACGCGGGUCUUGCUGCGGACGAGCAGCUGGCUAGUGAGCAUGAUGACGAAGACGGCGACCGGCCGAAAAAGCGACUUUCCAAGAAACGAGCCGUCCGAGAUGAAGACGAGGAAGAAAUCGUCCGCCCGCAAAAGAAGCAGUUCAAAAGCAAAGCGACGGUUUCUGAUACCGAUGAUGAGGACGUUGAAAUGUCAUGAGGGUGCAUAUGUAGCCAUCUUUGCUUUGUGUAAUUUUGUAUGUAACAUGGGCACGUCGGUCGAGCUUGAUUUAGCGCGAGAGCGGCCCAAGAGGGUCCAGGGGCAUCACAAUAACCUAAAACAAGGCUUUCCCGGGCUCCUGACCAACGUUCGCUGGGCUCUUGGCGACCCCACAUGUUUUAUUUCGUUUUGUGGCGGGGUCAGCUGUUGGCUGAUCCCAAACGGGGAUAAUACCCCAGACUCUGACAAGGACCUCGGGUAAAGUUUUUAUUCCCCGAUCGUUCUCAAAACACACAACAUUGCGUGCUGGUUCCGUGCCGGCCGUGAUUUUCCAGUACUUAUACACCGUGUGAGUCCGUUCUGACUCGGACCCGAUUUCAGCCCUGACGAUGAACAACCCACAGUACCCUCCUGAAAUCUUGCUAGCUAUAUGCGCCUUCAUUCAUACGUGCUCCAUUCCGACCGGCCCAUCCCCGUCUCUCGAUCCCCUGGUCAGUCAUGACGACCGAAACGCGCCCAUCGCCCUUCCGUCCUCGCAUCCCUCCUCGAGCUGGCCGGAGCCGGUGGCACGGCAAACCUUGGCGCGACUGUGUCUGGUGAACCAUGCGUGGUACGACGCAGCGAAGCCGUGGCUGUGGGACAAGCUCCAGGUGCGGCUGCCUAGGACCUUCCUCUCGAUGGUCGAGCAGGUCGCGUGGGACUACGACGAGGAGACGGUGGACAUGGUGAUGGACCACACGAUCCGUGCGGCGACUCAGGCGGCGCUGGCUGCGACGAGCCCCGGAGAGCUGGACGCCAAGGCGUUGGAGGACAGGAUCGUGUUAUGUCUCAACGCGCCGGAUGAGUCCAUUCCGCUCGAGCUCCUCUCCCCUGUCGCAUCCCGCGAACCGAGUCCCCGUCGCAUCCGCCCGACGAGCAAGUCGCCCGCUCGGUGGAAGAUCGUGCGCAACAUUAGCGAUGCCGUCCAGGGACUGUUGGAGCUCAACGAGCCUGGGCUGUACAUUCCCACUCCAAACGACCCACGGCCGGGGCGAUUUGUACGGCACCUCGAUUUUAACCACUUCCGGACUGUGAACAUGCGGCGAUCCGUUGGGGAAGGCGUCAACAGUCCGUUUGUUACACCGUACAGAGUGGAGGCACUCAUCAAGGAGAUGCCAAACUUGCUCGUGUUUGGAGCUACUGAAUUCAUGGAUAGCUCACUCAAUCUCCGCAUUCUGAACGAACUGUUCCUUCGGGGAACGCCGUCACGUGGGCGUGGUCAGCCGACGCGUGGUCGGGCUCUGAUUGAUCCGGCCAACGAAAUGGACGAGGAGGAUCGGGAGAGAAGACGCGACUGUCGCGAAUUGAUUGCUGUCGAUUUCACGGGGUGCAUCAGCUCGGUGUUUGUGCGUGCGCUGGACGACUUUGCUGCGGCCCACCUGCUGUCCAGCGAAGGCUCGAGAGGGCGGAUGAGCACGGAGCCGCUCAAGUUUCCGGGCUUACAGCGCCUGGGGAUGCGAGCGGUGAAGAGCGUGUGUUCUCAGACACUCUCUGCGUUUGUUCUCGCCUUCCCGUCCUUGACGCAUCUCGAUCUGUCGGGCACUCGCGUCGACGAUGAACUCCUGCACGGGCUGAGCCAGUCUCGAACGAUACAUUUGCGCUCGCUGGCCCUUGCACGUUGCGUCAAAAUCACAGGCAGUGCCAUCGUGCAUCUGCUUUUGUACUCCCAGGCGACAUGUGAUCUGCGGGAAUUGAAUCUGUACGGCGACAUGACUUAUUCGUCGCCGCUCGUCGAGGAAGAUCUCGAUGCCCUGUUUGAAGAAGCGCCCUGCUUUGUGUCUGGAAAGCUUGUCUACCUGGAUCUGUCGAGUUCGCCCUUGACUGCCUCCUUGCUGGCCAAAAUGCCCAAGCAGCCGGCGCUGAGAUCCCUUGGGCUAUCCCAUAUACCUCUGCUCGGCCUGAAGGUGAUCUCUGAAUUUAUGCGCGAUAAGGCGGAUAAUGUGGAGGUCCUCACCUUGGCCUCUACUUCGCCCGAAUUGUGCGCUGCCGGUGGCGGUGGCGGCCGCGGCGCCCGUCAGGCUAGCAUUGCCUUGCACACCCAUGUGAUCCGACCGAUCUGCAUGCCACCGUUCUCGUUCUCUGUCUCGCCGGCGGCAGCGGCUGCAGUCAAGCCAUCAGCACUCACGCGACUGCGGGUGAUCGAGCUGGCUCCGGCCAUGCUGAAUGCGCUGUGGGCAGGAGCCGAGUCGUGGCGGAUCAUCCGGAGCAAAGGCGGCCGGGGCUGGUACGUGGACACGGCGAGUGGCUGGAUCGACGGGAAGCUCCGGCGAGACCUCGAUUCGGAUCAUCCCUGGAGACGUCAUCUCGAACAGCUUUCUGACGCGAACGGUAACGUGAGCAGUGGCGUUGGAUGGCAUGCUCGAAAGAUGGAGAUAAUGCAUGGACAUGGCAUGUUGGGGCAUGAGGAUGGACUUUACGGAGCUGUUUCCUUUGCAUACUACGGAUGAGUCCGGCCCACGGGUUUUCCAGCUGCGGUGAUGCGAGACUUAGGCCAUCACGUUGCCUGCGAUGACGGGAUAUUCAUUGAGCAUAGUUACGGGAACUACCACCCAAGCUCAGAACUUAAAAGCACGUGGACCUGUUAGCCUAUAGCGAAAUUCCAGCAAAGCUGUAAAUACGGAUCUCAUCAUGGCUAUCGAGCUGGCAGUGAAUGCCUGCCAGGUGACUAUGAAUGAGUCGUCACAAAUGUUGGCGUGCCAAUGCAGCCCCUGAUAAUCUGAUGAUAGAUAAGAUCAGCACCAAGCCUAAGCCCAAGCCCAAGCCUGAAAACCCAUCCAAACUUGCACAUCCAUUUCAAUAAACCGUAGGAUGUAGGGAAACUGCGGCCUAUUGAGAGCUGUGCAGAUGUAGCUGCGCAUGCUCAUGGGAACAUGUGCUGGUGGAAGCUUGAAGUGCGCAGUGGCGGGAUGAUUGUCCGGUCCGCGCAAAUGUGUCAAUGUGCCAUGGUUUGUCGGCUGUGACGUGCCAAGUGCUAAAGAUUGCUGGUCUCUGGAUCGAGAGGGCUCGCGAGGAUUCAGCACACCGAGCGUGUUGACUGCGCCAAGGAGGUAAAACAGAAGUACAAGGUCAUGGAGUGAGAAAGCCUUGGUUUUA